AUGGCGCUGGAUAACAGGCACCGCUUUCUUGUCGGAAAGCUUGCCGAAGCUUUUGGACUUCCUGAGAAUGUGAUCGAGAAGACGAUAACUCAGGAUAAGCAGACAAUCAACAGCUUCUUUUUGCCGACCGGGCCAUCAUCACUUAUCUUUGUUUAUCAGGCAAAGGAGGACCGGCUUAAGGAUGGCUCAAUCGGGCCGGUGGACAACAAGCCCACGCUACACAGAUUGGGCCAGCAUGAGCGCAUCCACAACAAGUGCGUCUACUUCACGCGCCUCAACCCAAAAGGUGUUGCGGAGAAGACGCUCGAGGCUGACCUCGGCAGUGGCGAGCUGUCCGGCAGCGCACUGGAGAACUUCAAGGCCAUCGUCGCGGACUUGUACGUGCCCAUCAUGCAGGAGCAGCAGCAAUGGGGCAAGCUCUCCGCUGAGUACCUGACCGAGUUCCUCGCCUCAGCCGCCAAGUUUGGCAGCAUGUUGAAUGAGGCUGUGGCCACCGUUAACGGCGGCGUAGAGCUGCGCAAGCCCGACCCAAAAUACACGGAGCUUGAUCUCAAGCCGGCGGUCCUCGCUAAUGCCGCUGGCGACGAAGAUACUCUGCAGGAGAUGGAGGAGUGCCUAACGGAGUGGUGCCGGGAGGCUGAGGCUCUCUUGGCACAGACCAACAAGAUCAAGGAUGGCGAGGAACCCGGUCCCGACACGGAGCUGGAGUACUGGCGGACUCGCAUGUCCAAUUUUAAUUCCAUUACCGAGCACUUGAAGACGAAGGAGUGCAAGCUCGUGCUGGGUAUUUGCUCGCACGCCAAGACCAAGGCGUACCUGCGAUGGCGAGCUCUAGAUAUCCAGAUUACGGAUGCGGCGAACGAGGCCAAGGACAAUGUCAAGUACUUGGCGACGCUGGAGAAGAGUCUGGAGCCGAUGUACUCGGCGCGCGUGGCGGAGAUCACGGAAUCUCUGCCGGCGCUCAUGACGAAUGUCCGCAUGAUGUACACGAUUGCGCGGUUCUACUCGACGUCGGAGCACAUGACGCGGCUGUUCACCAAGAUUACGAAUCAGCUGGUGCGGAGGUGCAAGGAGCAGAUUAUGGAGAAUGGCAAAAUUUGGGACCAGGACAAGGCGAUGCUCAUUAGCAACAUGAAGGUGGCUGUGGAGCUCGCCAAUCGGCACCAAUACAAGCUGGCCAAGGAAACGUUGGCGUCGCAACCAAAGUCGAAGCAGUUUGACUUUGACGAGCAGGCCAUCUUCCUGAAGUUUGACCUCUUCUCCAAGCGCUUGUACAAGCUGAUCGACAUGUUCACAACCAUCCACCAGUUUUCCUCCCUGGAGCAGCACACCCACAUCGAGGGCCUGGACACAAUGCUCAAGUCGCUGAACAACAUCAUCGACGACGUUAAACGCAAGCCUUACGACUUACUUGACUACUCCAAGAAUGCCUUUGACCGUGACUUCCUGGAAUUCAACGUCAACAUCAAUGAUCUGGAGCUGCAGCUGCAGGGCUUUGUGAACGCAUCCUUUGAGAACAUCACCUCGACGGAGCACGCGCUCAGCCUCCUGGCACAGUUCCAGGCCAUCAUGCAGCGUGAGACGCUCAAGCAGGACCUGGAGAACAAGUACAUGGUAAUCUUCCAAAACUACGCCAAGGAUCUGGACGCCGUACAGAAGCUGUACGAGAAGAACAAGUACGAGCCGCCUGUGCCGCGUAACGCGCCGCCCGUGGCGGGCAACAUCAUGUGGGCGCGACAGCUGCUGCGCCGCAUCGAGGCACCCAUGCAGCGGUUUGCCCAGAACAAGAACCUGCUGGCGGCGAAGGAGUCCAAGAAGAUUAUCAAGACUUACAACAAGGUGGCCAAGGCGCUGAUUGAGUUUGAGACGCUGUGGCACCAGGCCUGGAUCAAAUCCAUCGAGCAGUGCAAGGCGGGUCUUGCGGCGCCCCUGCUGGUGCAGCACCCCGACAGCGGCAAAAUCCUGGUCAACUUUGACAAAGAGAUCAUGCAGCUGGUGCGCGAGGCCAAGUACAUGCAGCGCUUCAACAUUGCGGUGCCGGAGAGCGCCCAGAUGGUGCUGCUGCAGGAGGAGAAGUUCAAAUUCUACCACAACCAGCUGACGCACCUGGUUCGCGAGUACGAGCACAUCUUGUCCCGCGUGGCGGCUACCAUCAAGCCGCUGUUGCGGCCGCACCUGAACGAUAUGGAGCGCAAGAUCGCGCCCGGUUUUGCGGUGCUCACCUGGACUAGCCUCAACAUUGACGGCUACCUGCACCGCUUCAAGCAGGGCCUGGCUCGCCUGGAGGAGCUCGUCCGCAAGGUGCUCGAUCUGGUGGAGAACCGUGUGGAGUCCAACCUUCGCGCCAUCAGCAACACCAUGUUGGUGGAGCUGCCCAGCGACCGCUCCUUCACCUAUGAUGAGUUUGUGACCACACAGCAGCGCUUCCAGAAGAAGCAGGCGGAGCAGUUGGGCAUCCGCAACGAGGAGGUGCGCCGCGCCAUCGACGACCUGCUGAUGCUGGUGCGCAACUACCCGCGUGAGAACCAGGACGAGGCGCUGGACGAGAAGGAGGUGCAGCUAUUUGUGCGGCACUUCUCCAAGAACAUGUACAACGCCAUCAUGGCUUGCACGCUCAACAGCUUGCAGGCCAUGAAGCGCCGGCUGGGCUCCAAGACGUCCACGGGGAUCUACUUUAUGGAGCGGCCCUUCUUCGAUGUGGACGUGGAGCUCAAGGUGCCCUGCGUGUGCAUGAACCCCAACCUUGAGGAGAUUCAGGCGGCCAUCAACCAGUGCGCCAAGAAGGUCCUCACCACCAGCAAGCAGCUGCCGGCCUGGGGCAUGGACCAUGUGACUACCUACCACGAGCUCAUUGCGCAGGACAAGGACGUGGUCAAGGCGGUGUUGAGGCUCACAGGCUCUGUGGAGGGCAUCAAGGCACAGGUGACCGAGUUCCUCAAGACCUUUGAUCGCUACGGUUUCCUUUGGAAGGAGGACCUGCAGGCCGCCUAUGACCAGUUCAUGCGCACCAAUCCCACAUUGGAGGCGUUUGAGGCGGAGCUCAAGAAGUACAUGGCCAUUGAGACGGAAGUGGCUAACAUCCCCAACGUCAACAACAUUGGUGCGUUGUCGUUGGAGACCAUGCCCCUUAAGAACAGUCUCAAGGCGGAGGCGGUGUCGUGGAAGACGCAGUUUGCGCAGAACCUGCACAAGCAGUGCUCGGACGACCUCAAGGCCUUUGACAACUACAUUCGUGAUACCAACUCCAAGUUCCACCGCAAGAUUGAGGACCUGGAGGACGUGCGCAACGUCAUGGCGGUGCUCAAGGAGGUUCGCGAGAAAGAAUCGGAGAUUGACAAUCUUAUCGGCCCCAUUGAGGAGAUGUACGGCUUGCUCAUGCGGUACGAGGUGCGCGUGCCCAAGGAGGAGACCACCAUGGUCAGCGAUCUGCGCUACGGCUGGAAGAAGCUCAAGAAGGUUGCCACGGAAGUUUCGGACAACCUGACUCGCCUACAGGUUGGCUUUAAGCGCGAGCUGAUCAAGGAGGUCAAGACGUUUGUGGUGGAUGCGCAGAUGUUCCGCAAGGACUGGGAGGCCAAUGGGCCCAUGGUGCCUGGGCUAGACCCCAUGGAGGCAGUGGACCGCUUGCGCAAGUUCCAGCAAAUGUUCGAGGUCCGUAAGCGCAAAUGGGAGAAUUACAGCAGCGGCGAGGAGCUCUUUGGCUUGCCCGUCACGCAGUACCCCGAGCUGGAGCAGACGGAGAAGGAGAUCCAGAUGUUGGACCGUCUGUACAGCCUGUACGUCACGGUCAUUACCACCAUCAAGGGGUAUGGUGACUACUUUUGGGUGGACGUGGUGGAGAAGAUUGACGAGAUGGGCGAGCAGGUGCUGCAGUACCAGAAUCAGUCCAAGAAGCUGCCCAAGGCGCUGCGCGACUGGCCGGCCUACCAUGCCUGCCGCAAGACGAUCGAUGAUUUCUUGGACAUGUUGCCGCUGUUCCAGGCGCUCACGCAUAAGUCGAUGCGGGAGCGGCACUGGCACGAGGUGAUGCGCAUCACGGGGCAUGAUCUCAACCUGGCGGAGGAUGUAUUCAAGCUGCAGCACCUGCUUGACAGCCAAAUCCUGACGUAUCGUGAAGACAUUGAGGAGCUCACGGGCGCGGCGGUGAAGGAGGAAAUGAUUGAGGUGAAGCUGGCGCAGCUCAAGGCUGACUGGGCAAACCAAAACCUGGCGUUUUCUGAGUACAAAAACCGUGGGCCAGUCAUUCUAAAGCCCAGCGACACCAGCGAGCUGAUGGAGAAGCUGGAGGAGAGUCAGAUGACGUUGGGCUCCAUGGCCACGAACAGGUACUCUGCUCCCUUCCGCGAGGAGGUCCAGGCUUGGUCCAUCAAGCUGUCCACCGUAUCGGAGAUCAUUGAGCAGUGGCUUAUGGUGCAGAGCAUGUGGCAGUACAUGGAGGCGGUGUUUAGCGGCGGUGACAUUGUCAAGCAGCUACCACAGGAGGCCAAGCGCUUCCUCAACAUCGACAAGAACUUCAUGAAGAUCAUAUCCAACGCGCUGGAGACGCAAAAUGUCAUCAACACGUGCUUUGGCAAUGAGCUGAUGAAGAACAUGUUGCCGCACCUGCACGAGCAGCUGGAGAUGUGCCAGAAGAGUCUGAGCGCUUACUUGGAGCAAAAGCGCGCGGAGUUCCCCCGUUUCUACUUCGUGUCUGACCCCACGCUGUUGGAGAUUCUGUCUCUAGGCUCCGACCCGCCCUCCGUGGUGCCGCACUUCCAGUCGGGUUUGUUCGAUUCGUUGGCUAACGUGACGUUUGACCGCAUCGACAAGACGCGCAUGACAGAGAUGUUUAGCCAGCAGAACGAAAAGGUGGAGUUUGAGCGGCCUGUGGAUGCCAAGGGCAACAUCGAGGUGUGGCUGCAGCGCCUGGUGGACGGCAUGCAGGACACCGUCAAGCAGAUCAUCAAGCGUGCUGUGCGCAACGUGGCGGAGAUGACGCUGGAGGACUUUGUGUUCGGGCAUCCCGCACAGGUUGCUCUGUUGGGCAUUCAGUUCCAGUGGACUGCGGAGACCCAGUCCGCGCUGACAAACGCCAAGGUUGACAAGACCAUCAUGAACAAGAACAUGAAGAAGGUGGACGCGUUGCUGCGCGACAUGGUCAGCAUCACGGUGCGCUCCGACCUGACACGCAACCAGCGCACCAACCUGGAGACAUGCAUCACGGUGCACAUGCACCAGAAGGAAUCCACGGAGGACCUGGUCAAGAAGAAGAUCAAGGAUCCCACCGACUUCGAGUGGCUCAAGCAGGUCCGCUUCUACUGGCGCGAGGACAAGGACACGGUCAUCAUCUCCAUUUGCGAUGUGGAUUUCGAGUACUCGUUCGAGUACCUGGGUGUCAAGGAACGUCUGGUCAUCACGCCGCUCACGGACGUGUGCUACAUCACGCUGUCGCAGGCGCUGGGCAUGUUCCUGGGCGGCGCGCCCGCAGGGCCUGCAGGCACGGGCAAGACUGAGACAACCAAGGACUUGGGCAACACGCUCGGCAAGUACGUGGUGGUGUUCAACUGCUCCGAUCAGUUCGACUAUACAUACAUGGGCAAGAUCUACAAGGGUCUUGCGCAGUCUGGGCUGUGGGGCUGUUUCGACGAGUUCAACCGCAUCAACCUGGACGUGCUGUCGGUUUGCGCACAGCAGGUGUACUGCAUCCUGUCGGCCAUCCGCGAGCGUAAGAAGAACUUUGUGUUCACGGACGGCACGACGGUGUCCCUGGACCCGCGUGUGGGUUUCUUCAUCACCAUGAACCCCGGCUAUGCGGGUCGUCAGGAGCUGCCGGAGAACCUGAAAGCGCUGUUCCGCGGUGUGACGAUGAUGGUCAAGCUGGCCGCUUGCGGCUACCAGGAGAACGACAUUCUGUCCAAGAAGUUUUUCGUACUGUACGGCCUGUGCGAGCAGCAGCUGUCCAAGCAGGCUCACUAUGAUUUCGGCCUGCGUAACAUUCUGUCCGUGUUGCGUACCGCCGGCGCGUCCAAGCGCCAGUCGCCUGAUAAGUCGGAGGUUUUCCUCAUGAUGCGCACGCUGCGGGACAUGAACAUGUCCAAAUUCGUGGCGGAAGAUGUGCCGCUGUUCCUGUCGCUCAUCGACGAUCUGUUCCCGGGCCUCAAGGCGGAGCGUAACUCCUUCCCUGACGUGAACCGCGCGCUGGAGAAGGUGGUGCUGGAGCGCGGCCUGCAGGUGCAUCCCACCUGGAUGAACAAGUGCAUCCAGCUGUACGAGACGUACCUGGUCCGCCACGGCAUCAUGCUUGUGGGACCCAGCGGCAGCGGCAAGAGCGCCAUCUGCGAGUGUCUGGCCGCAGCACUGACGGAGCUGGGCACCAAGCAUGUUAUCUGGCGCAUGAACCCCAAGGCCAUCACCGCGCCGCAGAUGUUUGGCCGCCGUGACGACGCCACAGGCGACUGGACGGACGGCAUCUUUGCGGUGCUGUGGCGCCGUGCCGCCAAGAACAAGAACCAGAACACCUGGAUUGUGCUGGACGGGCCCGUGGAUGCCAUUUGGAUUGAGAACCUCAACACGGUGCUGGAUGAUAACAAGGUGCUGACGUUGGCCAACGGUGAUCGCAUCCUGAUGACACCUGCCAUGAAGGCCAUGUUCGAGCCGGAGAACCUGAACAACGCCUCCCCAGCCACCGUGUCGCGUGCUGGUAUUAUUUAUGUGUCCGAUGUUGAGCUGGGCUGGGAGCCGGUGGUCAAGAGCUGGCUGCAGAAGCGUGAUGCAGGGGAGAGCGCGGCUUUGGGACCGCUGUUCUCCAAGUACGUGGAGCACAUGCUCGACUACGUGCGCAUCAGCCUCAAGCCUGUCAUGUACAAUGAGCAGGUCAGCAUUGUGGGAACCAUCAUGACACUGCUCAACGGCUACCUGCGGUCGAUCAAGGAGGCGGGUACACCGCUGUCGGACGUCAAGUACGAGCGCAUCUUCCUGUACUGCCUAACUUGGAGCCUGGGUGGCCUACUGGAGAUGAAGGAACGGCCGUUGUUUGACCAGGAGCUGCGAGGCAUCGCAUCCAACAUGCCGGCCAAGGAUGAAGACUCAGACACCAUAUUCGAGUACCUGAUCAACGCCACCGACGGCGAGUGGCUGCACUGGCGCAACUGCGUGCCGGUCUGGCACUACCCAAAGAACGACGAGAAGCCCAAGUACGCGCAGCUGGUCAUCCCCACCCUGGACUCGGUGCGCUACGAGAAGCUCCUCAACUUGUCGUACAGUGUUGAAAAGGCGACACUGCUGGUCGGUGGUCCCGGCACGGCCAAGACCAACACCAUUAACCAGUUCAUCUCCAAGUUCAAUGCCGACACCACCACCAAUAAGACCAUUACCUUCUCCAGCCUUACCACGCCCGGCAUCUUCCAGAUGUCGAUCGAGGGCGCGGUGGAGAAGCGCCAGGGCCGCACCUUCGGGCCGCCCGGCGGCAAGCAAAUGUGCAUCUUUGUGGACGACAUUUCCAUGCCGUACAUCAACGAGUGGGGUGACCAGGCAACGGGUUGCGGGCUGCUGCAAGCGGCGCAGACGGGAGCCUGCUCAUGUCUCGUGACCAACGAGAUUGUGCGGCAGCUGUUGGAGCAAGGCGGCAUGUACUCUCUGGAGAAGCCCAUUGGCGACAUGAAGUUCAUUGUGGACGUGCGCUACGUGGCCGCCAUGAACACGCCGGGGGGUGGCAAGAACGACAUCCCCAACCGCCUCAAGCGCCAGUUCGCCAUUUUCAACGUGCCGCUGCCGUCCGUGGCGGCGAUCAACGGCAUCUUCGGCAAGCUGGUGGAGGGCCGCUUCUCACGCGACGUGUUCUGCGAGGAGGUGGUGUACGUGGCGUCCAAGCUGGUGCCGCUGACCAUCACCCUGUGGAACCGCAUCCAGACCAAGAUGCUUCCCACGCCUGCCAAGUUCCAUUACCUCUUCAACAUGCGCGAAUUGUCCAAGGUUUUCCAGGGCGUCAUCCUGGCCGCUCGUGACCGCUUUAACCUGCUGGUGGGCGACUCUGCGGUGUUUGGCGGCAAUGUAAACUCGCCCGAGGGCUACCUGCUGGGACUGUGGGUGCACGAAUGUCGCCGCGUCUUCUCCGACAAGCUGAUCAGCUACGAGGACAAGAACUGGGUGGACAAGGCCGUCUUUGACCUGUGCCGUGACAACUUCUCGUCCGACCUGGUCAAGCAGGUGGAGGAGCCCCUGUACUUUGUGGAUUUCUUGCGCGAGCCGGUUGUGGACGAUGAGACGGGCGAAGUCAUUGACGCACACCCCAGCUUCUACGAGUCAGUGCCAGGCGGCCUGCCGGAGGUUCGCGCCCGCGUCGAGGCCCUGCAGCGCAAGUUCAACGAGGAGUCCAAGAUCAUCAAGCUGGAGCUGGUGCUGUUCACGGACGCGAUGUUGCACCUGAUGCGUAUCACCCGCUUGUUGGCUAUGGCCCGUGGGUCGGCGCUGCUGGUGGGCGUGGGCGGCAGCGGCAAGCAGAGCUUGUCACGUCUGGGCGCCUACAUCGCGGGCGCGUAUCCCUUCCAGAUCACCAUCACCAAGACCUACAACACGGCCAAUCUGUUUGAGGACAUCAAGGGGCUGUACAAGAUUGCCGGCUUCAAGGGCCAGCCGGUGUGCUUCAUCUUCACAGAUGCGGAGGUCAAGGACGAGGGCUUCCUGGAGUACAUGAAUCAGAUUCUCAUGACCGGUGAGGUGGCGGGUCUGCUGACCAAGGAGGACCAGGACAUGAUUGUCAACGACAUCCGGCCUAUCAUGAAACACCAGGCGCCUGGCGUGCCAGACACGUACGACAACCUGUACAACUUCUUCCUCAACCGCGUGCGCGACAACCUGCACGUCGUGCUGUGCUUCUCGCCUGUGGGAGCCAAGUUUGCGCGCCGCGCACAGCAGUUCCCCGGUCUCAUUAACGGCUGUACUAUUGACUGGUUCCUGCCGUGGCCGGAAGAUGCUCUUACGUCGGUGUCUGGGAAGUUCAUUGACGAGUUCUCGAUGGCUUGCCCCAAGGAAGUCAAGAACCAGCUCAAGCUGCUCAUGGGCCACACGCACGUGUUUGUGACCAACGCCUGCAAGGAAUACUUUGAGAAGUACCGCCGCUACGUGUACGUCACACCCAAGUCGUACCUGUCUUUCCUCCAGGGCUACAAGGAGCUGUAUGCGCGCAAGUGGUCGUUCACAAAGGAGCUGGCCUACCAGAUUGAGGCGGGUCUGCAGAAGAUGUUUGAGGCCAAGGCCGACGUGAACAAGAUGAAGGCGGAGCUGGCGGUUAAAAAUCAGGAUCUGGCGGUGUCGGCCAAGGAGGCGGAGGCGCUGCUCAAGCAGAUCAGUGAGAGCACCGCCAUUGCGGAGAAGGAGAAGCAGAAGGUGGCGGUCAUUGUGGAUGCGGUGACGAAAAAGGCUAGUGAGAUUGCGGCUGUGAAGGAUGACGCCGAACGCGACCUGGCAGCGGCUAAGCCCGCUCUGGACGCCGCGCUCGAGGCGUUGAACUCCAUCAAAGACAACGACAUCAAGAACCUCAAGGCGCUCAAGAAGCCCCCGCAGAUCAUUACGCGCAUUUUUGAUUGCGUGCUCAUCCUCCGUAUGCAGCCCAUGAACAAGGCUGAGUACCUCGACGAAAAGGGCCGCCUCGUGCUGGGGGGCAACUACAGCGAAGCGCAGAAGAUGAUGAACCAGAUGAGCUUCCUGCAAGACCUCAAGGACUUCCCUAAGGAGCAGAUUAAUGACGAGACGGUGGAGUUGUUGGAACCGUACUUCAUGUGUGAGGACUUCAACUUUGAGAACGCUUCCAAGGCCUCGGGUAACGUGGCCGGCCUGUGUAACUGGGCCGAGUCCAUGGCCAAGUACCACAACGUUGCCAAGGUUGUGGAACCCAAGAUUGCCAAGCUGCGCGAGGCGGAGGCGGAGCUCAAGCUGGCCACCAAGGAGAAGAACGCGGCGGAGGAGCGCAUGGCAAAGGUGCAGGCCAAGUUGGAUGAAAUGCAGGCUCAAUUCGAUGCCGCCAUGGCGCACAAGCAGGCGCUGGAGGAUGACGCUGCGGCCACACAGCGCAAGAUGGACAGCGCAAACGCUCUCAUCGGCGCGCUUGCGGGCGAGGAGUCUCGCUGGACGGCCCAGUCCAAGGAGUUCGAUGUGCAAAUCCAGCGCCUGACUGGCGACUGCGCGCUGGCCUCAGCCUUCGUCUCCUACCUUGGUCCCUUUAACAAGGAGUUCCGGGAGCUGCUGCUCAAUCGGGACUUUUACGGCGACUGCACCAAGCUGGCCGUGCCCGUCACGCCGCACAUGCAAAUCACCAAGUUCCUGGUGGACGACUCCGAGGUUGGCGAGUGGAACCUGCAGGGCCUGCCCACUGACGAGCUGUCCAUUCAGAACGGCAUCAUGGUCACCCGCGCCAGCCGCUAUCCCGUGCUGGUAGAUCCUCAGGGCCAGGGCCGCGAGUGGAUUAAGAACCGUGAGGAGGCCAACCAGCUCAAGACCACGCAGCUGAACGACAAGCUGUUCCGAAACCACUUGGAGGAGUGCUUGGCGUUUGGCCGGCCGCUGCUGAUUGAGAACAUCGAGGAGGAGCUGGAUCCGCUGCUGGAUCCUGUGCUGGAGCGGCGGCUGAUCAAGAAGGGCAAGACGUUUGUGGUUCCGCUGGCCGACAAGGAGGUGGACUUUACAGAGACGUUCCGGCUGUUCUGCACAACCCGCCUGCCCAACCCGCACUUCACACCCGAGCUGUCUGCCAAGGUCACCGUGGUGGACUUCACCGUCACAAUGGCCGGUCUGGAGGACCAGCUGCUGGGCAAGCUGAUCAGCAAGGAGAAGAAGGAGCUGGAGGACCAGCGGCAGCAGCUGCUGGAGGAAGUGCAGUCGUACAAGAAGCGCAUUAAGCAGUUGGAGGAUGACCUGUUGUUCCGCCUGUCUAACAGUCAGGGCAAUCUGCUGGAUGACACCGAGCUCAUCGAUGUGCUGGCGGUCACCAAGCAGACAGCGCAGGACGUCAGCGAGAAGCUGGCCAAUGCGUCGGAGACCAACAAGCGCAUCAACGAGGCGUGUGAGGAGUACCGGCCCGUGGCGCACCGCGCCACAUUAAUCUACUUCCUCAUCGCUGAGUUCUCCGUCGUCAACUGCAUGUAUCAGACAUCGCUCGCGCAGUUCAACCAGCUGUACGAAUUCGCCAUUGACCGCAGCGAGCGCGCCAACAUGCCCUCCAAACGCAUCCACAACAUCAUCGAGUACAUGACGUACGAGAUCUACCUGUACGUGCAGCGUGGUCUGUUUGAGCGUCACAAGAUCAUUUUUGCGCUCAUGCUCACCAACAAGGUCCUUGUGUCAGCCGGCAAGGUCAAGGUUGCCGACCUGGACGUGUUCCUCAAGGGUGGUGCCGCUUUGGACAUCAACUCGGUUCGCAAGAAGCCCAAGGACUGGAUCCCGGACUCGGUGUGGCUCAACAUCAUUGCGCUGUCCGCCAUGGAUGCAUUCCGGGACAUCCCCGACAGCGUCUUCCGCAACGACGGACUGUGGAGGCAGUGGUACGACCAGGAGGCGCCAGAAAUGGCCAAGGUGCCCGACUAUGAGGACCGUCUGAACAAGUUUGAGCGCAUGUGCGUGGUCAAGACCUUCCGCGAGGACCGCACCCUCAUCGCAGCCGCGGAUUACAUUGCCGAGGCUCUUGGCCAGCGCUUUGUGGAGUCCGUGCCGCUCAACAUGGAGAAGGCCUGGACGGAGAGCCACGCCAAGUGCCCGCUCAUCUGCCUGCUAUCGCCGGGCGCCGACCCCACGAAGCUCAUUGAGGACCUGGCCAAGCGCAAGAAGAUAAAGACGCUGGGUGUGUCUAUGGGUCAGGGCCAGGAGGUGAUUGCGCGCAAGCACAUGGCGAGCGCCUCCCUGGAAGGCCACUGGGUGCUGUUGCAGAACACGCAUCUGGGUCUGGGCUACCUGACCGAGGUGGAGACGUUCCUUGUGAAGGAGGAGAACGUGCACGAGGACUUCCGGCUGUGGAUCACUGCGGAGCCCCACCCGCAGUUCCCGAUCGGGCUGCUGCAGAUGGGCAUCAAGAUCACCAACGAGGCGCCGGUGGGCAUCAAGGCCGGACUGCGCGCGUCGUACCAGUGGGUCAACCAGGACAUGCUGGACAUGGUGACCCGUUUCGAGUGGCGGCAGCUGCUCUUCGUCAUGUGCUUCCUGCACUCGGUGGUGCAGGAGCGUCGCAAGUUCGGUCCCAUUGGCUGGAAUGUGCCCUACGAGUUCAACCAGAGCGACCUGUCGGCGUGCGUGCAGUUCCUGCAGAACCACCUCAGCGAGAUGGACGCCAAAAAGAGCCCGCAGCCCACUUGGGAGACGGUGCGCUACAUGAUCUCGGCCAUCCAGUAUGGCGGCCGCAUCACAGACGAUUUCGACAAGCUGCUAAUGGACACGUUUGCUGAGAAAUACUUCCUUCAGGCCGUGCUGGUGCCCAGUUACGAGGUGUUCAAGGACAACCGCACCGCCGACGGCUUCAGCUACCGCGUGCCUGACUCCACCGAUAUCGAUGGCUUCCGCUCCUACAUCGAGACGCUGCCUGGCACCGAGUCACCCGAGAUUUUCGGGCUGCACCCGAACGCCGACAUCACGUUCCGGACGCUGCAGGUGCAGGAGGCCAUAGCCACCAUUUUAGAUACCAUGCCCAAGGGCGGCGGUAGCGGUGGUGGACUUAGCCGCGAGGAUGUGGUGGACAAGAUUUGCGAGGAUCUGCUCUCCAAGGCUCCUCCGUUGUUCGACAAGGAGGAGUCUAAGGAGAAGCUUAAGAAGCUGGCCGGCGGACCCACCAUGCCUCUCACGGUGCAUCUGCGGCAGGAGAUUGACCGCCUCAACAUCGUGACGCGCCUGACCACCACCACACUCAAGAACCUGCGGCUCGCGAUCGCGGGUACCAUUGCCCUCUCAGGCGGCCUGAUUGACGCCCUGGACGCGCUCUUCAACGCGCGCAUCCCCAACUCCUGGCUGUCCAAAUCUUGGGAAGCUUCCACGCUGGGCAACUGGUUCACCGGGUUGCUUCAGCGCUACGACCAGCUCAAUAAGUGGCUCAAUCUUGGCCGGCCGAAAGCGUACUGGAUGACGGGCUUCUUCAACCCUCAGGGCUUCCUCACGGCCAUGAAGCAGGAGGUCAACCGCAAGCACGCCGCUGACAAGUGGGCGCUGGAUGAUGUGGUCAUGUCCUCGGAGGUUACAAACCCGAGCAAGGACUUUGAGAGCCUGAAGGAGGGUCCGCCGGAGGGUGUGUACGUGUACGGGCUGUACUUGGAUGGCUGCGCGUGGUCGGGCAAGGAGAAUCGGUUGGUGGAUUCGGAUCCGAAGAAGUUGUUCAAUCCGCUGCCGGUGCUGCACGUGACAGGCGUGUUGGCCAAAGACAGGAAGCGGAAUCAGCUGUACGAAGCGCCAACGUAUCGGGUCAAGGCGCGCAAGGGCCUCAACUACAUCACCACGUUUUCACUGCGGACGGAUGAGGAUAAGUCCAAGUGGAUUCUGCGCGGUGUGGCCCUGUUGUGUUCCAUCGAUUAAGGGAGACCGUGAGUAACGGGGGUAGCAAGAGGAGAGGAGGUUGCAUACGGGGUGGGGUGGGGUAGCGUGAUUCGGUAGGUGACUGCGUUAGGGGGUAGAAAGGACUGAAAUGCUGAAAUUGCCUGGUUGCUGCUGGGGCUGCGCUUGAGUGUGUUGAGCUGUGUUAUGAUUACGCUGUUCGAGACGUUUUCGUACGUGAUAGACUAUACGGGGAGCGGGUAGGUGCGGGUAGGUGCGCCCAUGGCGAGGUAGCAGUGAAGCCCCUUCUUCGCGGAGAAACAAGCAAAACUGUUAUUAUCGAACGUGACCUUGGUACAUAUCUUGGGCGCUGCUGACACAGCCACAUUGAAGCCGUGAAAGCCCCUGUUUUUUGUAUGUAUGUAUGUUGCAUGAUAUGUUAUGCUGCAAGGCACGAGCAUCUACAUGAGGUUGAGAGAUUGAUGCGCGGCGUUUGGGACGCUUCCAUGGUGGGACUUGCGCAUGGUGGGUUCCUUGCCACGUUGCUGAAUCCAAAGCCCCACGUGGCUGCGGCCUUGCAGCGGAAAGGUGACGUCCCGGCCGAAGCGCUACCGGAAGGUCUCUACGCCUGGAUCCGUAGGUGGAUUGUAAGGUUAUCAGCU